UUAAAAAUAUAGUUUCCUUAAAAAUGGUUCAGCACCAGGCUAACUUUUUUUACGAACAAAAAAAAAUACAAAAAAAGCUUUAAAUUUUCCUCUUACAAGUUAAAGGCAUAUACAAUAUCCCAACAACUCCACCUACAUACCAUACAUGUUAUAGGUACCUACAUCAAGAGACGAAUAAAUUUUCAUUCAUGUAGACAGUAUAGUUAGUUGGAAAAAUUUUCGUCAAACGCAUGCCCAUAUUCAAAUCAUAAUUUUUCCUCAAGUCCAAACUCUCAUUUGAGUGGGUUCCUUUUACCUUCUACAACUACCCUCUCAGUCAGCAGCGAAUAUACCUUCUUAGUUGGAAAAAUUUCAUUUCAAAUUGUUCAACAAAAAAAUUCAUGGUGGACAUUUUGAGUGUGUUUCAUAAGACUUUUCGAGCUGCUGCUGCCAUUUCGAGUUUGCCAAGAGAAUAAAGUGUUUGUGAUUGCGUGUGCAGUAUAGCACCCCGUUGUUGGUGUAGAGUUGAAUCGUACUUUUUUUUUUGUUUAAUUCACCCCCGCAACCCUAUUCUCGUGUGUGUGUCAAAUAUUUUUCUUCAACAAAACACCGGAGAACUGACACUGCAAUAAGAGGCCGAAAAAGCUUUUUCUACAUAUUCUACCCAUUCGUUGGUUCUGUUCGUUCGUUGGUUCGUUUUCCACCACACACAUCGUCAACUUGAAAAAUGGCGGAUCCAGCAGCAGAAGCCGCAACAGCCCCAGCAGCACCAGCUGAAGGUGCCGAUGGCGAAAUCGUUGGAGGACCAAGAAAUCCUCAACAGAUUGCUGCUCAAAAGAGAUUGCAACAAACGCAGGCACAAGUCGAUGAGGUUGUUGAUAUUAUGAGAACAAAUGUUGAAAAGGUCCUUGAAAGAGAUCAAAAACUAUCUGAACUGGACGAUCGAGCUGAUGCCUUACAACAGGGUGCUUCACAAUUCGAACAACAGGCUGGAAAACUAAAACGAAAAUUCUGGCUGCAAAAUUUAAAGAUGAUGAUCAUAAUGGGCAUCAUUGGUCUGGUAAUAGUCGGAAUCAUCGCAAACAAACUAGGAUUAAUAGGUGGCGAACAACCUCCACAACAAAUGUACAUGCCACCACCACAAUACAUGCCUCCCCCUCAGCAAGCUCCAGCCGGUGGUCAAGGUGCUCCAGCACAAUUGGUACAGGAUUCAUCUCAUCACUCCGGUAAAUCCGUAGAAUAAACUUAAACAAAAUAAAAAAAAUAUUAAUUAAUUAACAAAAAUAAAAAAAAAAAAACUUUAUUAAGCAUUAAAACCAAAUAAAAUAAAACAAAAAAAAUAUACAAUUUAUGGUUCAGUAAAAAUUCAUUACAAAACAAAAAAAAAUAAAAUAAAAUAUGUAAUGAGAAUGUUUUAAUAAAAAAAAAUACUAAUAGAAAUUCUCAAAGAUUAAAAUAUAAAAAAAAAAAACAAAAAAUUAAAAACAACAACCAAAUUAUUAUAUAUAUAUUGAAGUAGGUAUAUUCUCUAUAAUUAUGUAUAUGUUUUUAUCGGCAUAUAUAUUUUUUUGAAAUAUACAUAUAUAAAUAAAUAUAAUUAAUAAAAAAAAAAAUGAUUUAGGUCAGUUAUGUUACAGCUUUUUAAACUUAAAAAAAAUUAAAAUAAACUAUAUUAAUUAGAAAGUGCUAUAUUUUUUAAAAACGAAAAACCCAAAUGCUUAAACUAAACUGCACAUUAAAAAAAAAACAGCUGCGCCAUGAAUUUAACUUUUUAUUAGAUUUAUUUUAUUUUUUCAAAUUUUUGCAGUACGUCAUUUUAUUAAAAAAGUGUUCGUUAAAUAACUUUGGUCAAACCAACUUAACGAAAGAACUUUUGCAACGUUAAGCAAAAACUUUGUUUUUAAAAGACAAAUUUUCGUAGCUGAAGGGUUGACAAUUAUCGCUUACAUUCCAAUUCUUUUAUAGACUGAUCUGUAAUGUUUUGAAAAACUUAACGAAGAUUAAGUUUGAUUUUAAAAUACGAUUCCAUUAAUGGAAGUUAGAACAUUUCAUUUGCGAUAUAUUCCAUUUCAAAACAGCAAAGCAAGAGAAAUACUUUAAUACGUUAGGAAAUGUGCCAAAAAUUAUUUUUUAAGGCGCCUAUUCCACUCUUUUCCUAAUCUCUAUAAUACUGUAUAGUGUAUUCGUGUGAAGCAUAGAAUUUUUUUUUACAAAAUUGAAGAUGUACCGUGUCUGUACGUACAGUGUAUGAUUAUACCUAUUGUUAUACUGUUAUACAAAAAUUGUACCUAGGCACAUUUGUAUCUAACUAUUUGUAAAAAAAAAGAAUGAGAUAAAACUGAUUACAACACUUCUUCAAUUUGUGUAAAUUUUUGUACCUACAUUUGCACUAUCCAGUUUAUUAUAGAGAUCUGUGAUAAUGGCCUUUUAUACUGUUAUACCGUUAACUGUUAACUUUUUACAUUUCAUGACCGCACUCAUUGCAUUCGAAAACGAAUGAAUGCUUCAAAAAUGUUUAUGAACUUAAUUGUUACAGCACAAUGAAUGCAGGCAUCCUUAAAUUUGAGUUCAUUAAAUUAAGCUCAUAAAUGUUAAAUUAGCAAGUGUUGAUAAAAAUUUCAACAAAUUCAAAGGAACUCACCUAAUAAACUGCAACUAGUAUAACAGUGUUCCUGUUCAUGCUAUAUCUCGGCUCUACUUCACAAUGGAAAGAGAAUGUGAAUUCUCCACUUCAAAUGAUCAAUUUUAGAUACCUGAAAGUUGUCAUCACUGUCUAUAUGUAUGUUUUUCUGGAAGAAAAAAAAAAAUUAAUCUUUAAAAAAGGAUUAAUCAGAAAAAAUAUAACACAAUCAACUUGAGAAAGUUAUGAAUUAUGGCUGAGUUCAUAAAUGUAUAAGCAUGAAAACAUGUUAAAAAAACAUUUAUGAACUCAAUUAUUACAGCACCAUGAAUGCAGUCGUCUUGUUUAGAUUAAAAUGAGUUCAUAAUUGUUAAAAGCUUGUAACUUUUUUACUUCUGCAAGUUCAACAACAUAAUAAAAAUACAUGCCGGCGUUUUUGACAGCAUAUUGUCACUGUCAUUCAAAAAUAAUUAUGAGUGCCAAUUUUGCAAGACUCCAAGAAUGAUUUAAAUUAUGAACUCAGCCUUUGUUACAAUAUCAUUCUUGGAUUGAAUUUCAAAUCAUCGUUAAUUUUUCAUUUAAUAUGUUGCUUGUUUUCUAAGCCGUCGCGUCGCAUAGCUAUGGAAUAUUUAACAGAAUAACAACUGUUAAACUUAAUUUCUAUUUUUUUUUUUGUAAUAGUUCAACCAUUUAUUUCCUUUUGUAAAAUAAAAUUUUAUUAAAAAAAAAUAAAUUAAAUGUAAAAAAAAAAAAUACUCUUCAGUAAAAAUUAAAAAAAAAAUCAUAUAAUUAAAAUACAAACAAACAAAAAUAUCAACAAAACAAAAAAUUAUGAAGAAUUUCAACGAUUUAAUUUUUAAAAAUUUAUUUAAAAAGAAAAAAACUACAAUAAUAAUUAUAUUUAUUAUUAUUGUCAUAAUUAUAAUUAUAAAAAUUAAAAAUCCUGAAUAUCAAUGUCAAUCUAUGUGUAUGUAAAUAAAAACUAUAUACAAAUAAAAACAUAGAAAAAAAAUAAUAAUUUUUCUUUAUUAAUUUUUUUUUUCAGUUUUCUAUAGUUAAAUGUACCUACAACAAUUUUAUCUUUAUAUAUAUAUAUAAAUGUAUAAUAUGUCAUAUUAUAGAAUUUCAAUUAGAAGAAAAGAAAAAUUAAAAAAAAAAACGUUUAAUAUGGAAUUAAUUAAAACAAAAAAAAAACAAAAAAUACAGAAGCAUUUUAUUGACAUUUUUAAUAGGAACAUUAAAUAAAAAACAAAACAAACAAUGCUUAAUUUUUAUUUAUUAAAUAUUAUAUCGGGCUAGUUCACAAUAGUGGAGCAAAACUACAGUGGGGAAAAUGUAAAGAAAAAUUAAACAAAUAAAAAUAAAAAUAUUUUUCUUUAUGUUUAUUUUUUGGGGUUUCUUGUUUAUUUUAUUAAAAAAUAUUUAUAUAUAGAUUACAGUAUAAAAUAUUUAUGUAUACAUAAAGAAAUAUCUUUCGAAUUUCUUUAAAUUAAAAUGUUAUUUUAUUUUAUUAAAACAGUCAAAACACUAGACACAAAAAAAGAAGACAACUUUAAAACAAUAAAAAAGGGAAUUUUAUAGAUUAAAACAAAAAUAUAAAACAAAAAAAAAGUAAAAAAUAUAUUACCCAAUUUUCAUGUUUAUGUGAAAUAAAAUAUAAAUAUAAUUUGAAUAAAACAAAACAAAAAAAAAAUACAUUAAACUAUAUUACAAUUUGUCAACAAAAAGAAACAAUGUACUACUGCUAAAAUAUAAAUACAUUGGGUAAUAUUUUAAUUGUUUUAAAACUAAAAAUCAAUUUUAAAAUAAUAUAAUUAGACAAAACCAAGAAAAUAAAAUUAAAAAAAAAAAAAACAGAAAAUUCAAAGGGAAUCAUUACAAAUAAAAAAAAAAUGUAUAUCGAUGGAAAAAAAUAAUUACAAUAUAGUAAAAAAAAAAAAAAUAUAGUGUUGUAUAAAUAAAUAGUACAUGCAAUGUAUAUGAAUAUUGAAUAUACUUAUUAUAAAUAUAUUAUAUAUAAACGAUAAUAAAUUGAUUAAUUGCACCUACUUAUAAUUAAAUUAAAUAA